AUGGUGGAUCAUUAUCGUGGUGAGCUCAUCUUGUGGGAAGAUGCUCGAUGUGAUGAUACCAAGGCCUUCCCUCGCUCCGGUCACGUGGCGUCACAUGAAUUAUUGGCCGGUAGUGAUCGGCUCGCCGCUCGGCGGCCAAUCGGUAAGAUCGACAGCGAGGCAUCUCCACUUCUAGCUCGACACCUCGCCGCGGCGUUAGUUCACCAUCCACCUGCCUCGCAGAGCGCCCUCGUUCCCUGUCAACUCAGACAAUUUGACCCGCAAGCGUGCCCUCUCCUAAUCUCUUCUAUGGACGGCCGUGAGAGCGGGCCUCCAGGGAAGCAGCCCUCUGAUGGCACCCCGCCGCGUCCUGGGAUGUAUCCACAAGGAGGUAUAGGAGGUUUGGACGAGUUUGAUGACAGCCACGUCCCUUACUUCACGAAUACUCUCGGGCUGGAUAUCAACGCUGCCCAAACACCGGGUCCGCCCAUGACUCCACAACAGCAUGCACCCCACGGCACUCUCGGUGAUCGCGACCGGACCGCCGAAGGUAGCAAUAUGUUCAACGAUGACUACAUCGCCAACGAACAAGUCCAUAACACCCAAGACUACGCGAACCCGAGCCCGCCCCGUGGAGGUUAUGGCUAUGGAUACACUACGGAGACCUUAACACGCACACAUCGCUCCACGCUCAUGACGAACUCCGGCGUCUUCACUGGACGUGUAGGAUCCGAACAUGGUUCUAGCCAAGACAACCGGAGCGUAUUGGGCCACCGAAGGCCCCCUGCCAACGAGCCAGCGAGUUCUACCCGUCAUCAAUCGGAUGUACCUGAUCAGACUGCCUCCCAUCGAACACCCGCGCGCGUCCUUGCGGCCAUUAGAGACCACCCCAUAAAGCCGCCAACUCGGAGAAAGAGAAAAGUUAGAACCGAUACCAACCCAGCUGCUCCCUCUCGGGCCCAACCCCGCAGCAUUGCCCCUCUCCCAGUAGCUCGCCUGGAGCAAGCGCACAGGCCGGUACAAGCUCGUGGAAUGCCAACACCCAUGUUUGGCCUAGAUCAUACUCCAGGUUAUAGGAGCGCUGGCAGUGCGGCAGCCUUUCCUGCCAUGGCUCAAGACUCCACUGCAGAGCGUGCCAGUUCUUAUGGACAGCCAAUCGAUGAGGGCAACUCCAGGCAGCUUCAAGAUCCGUACUCCACUGCUCGCCCAAACUACCACAUGUCUUUCGGCCCGACGUUGUCACCGUUUUUUCCCGCACUACCUAGUAUUUCUCAUGGCCGUGCACCACCGGCAUCACGUAUGUAUAACUCCAAUACGUUUCCCACUGUAGUAAAUCUUGUCGAAGCGGAAGACUUUGACCACGAUCGGGAAACUCGCAUGGAGAUUACAGAAAAUAGGUACAGGUUGCUUCUGGGGCGUGACAAUCCGGCGCCUUUUUUCCGCAGCUGGUCCUCCCAAGACCAGGCCGUAUUUCUGGAGUUUUUCCCGGCAUUCAUGGAUAGACACCGUGAUGCUGAGGUGCUGACGGAUGUGGAACGGUUGGCGCUCUAUCGAGAUUACGUACAGUACCGUACGUGGGUUGAAAGUCCAAUUGAUGUGGACCAAACAUGGGCCAACUUGGAACGUUACGGCCUCAUUCAGACACAAUUAGCAGUAUACGGCCAUGUGGACCCUGAACAGACUGCUCAACGAGACCCUACGCCUGACCUUGACGAAGAGAGACGUCGAAUGUACGGAGCACCUGUACGCACAGCGCUAGUAUCUGUCGAAAUUCCAGCUACAGAGAGGCUUCACCGGCCAGUCUUGGGCUCCAUCGGACCCCCCAGCGCUUCGCGCAUUGUCCAGAACGAGAGAUCAACUGAGACGACUCAGAAGGCGCCCAGAAAGUCGAAGAAAGACCGUUCGCCCUUUAAGAACGAUAUUCUGAAAGGGCGUACUCUUAACAGAGACGGUAUGUACUUCAGCUCCGCCGAGGAGGGCGAUGCCUUAUUCCGGGAGCGGCCGCUGUGGAGGCCGAAGAGGGAAACUUUACCUUCCGAGCGGGCGAGAUUGCCUCUUGUCCGGGCGCUGCAGGACGCCAUGGUGAACCUAGAUGGUAUCAAUGACCGUCUCACCAAUCGACUUGCGCGUUGGCGGCCGGACAGUCGAUUCUAUGAUCCGGUCGCGAUCGAGCUUGCUGCUCAUAAACUCUUGGCUAAAAUCUUCAAGUUGCACGAGGAUGGCUGGACUAGGCCUGUGUUGGACCCAACACAAGAAAGCCUCUUUGACCCGGAACCCGAUUUGUCCUUCCUUGAGCGUUUCGAAGCUAUUCGAGAAGUGCUCUAUCACUGGAAGGCCACAGCGAAGAUGGUCCUUCAAGGCGAUGAUCUGAAGAUAGAUCAGUUCAUUGCCGGCCCCAAUGAGCGCGCAGAGAGGAGCGGGAGAUAUAGCGAAGCCAAUAUUGCGAAACAAAUAAUCAUCGAGGAAGGUCGCCUGGCCAAAAAGGGAAACAAGCGUAGUGCUGCGGAAGCUUUCUCCUCAGAAGGUCGUGAGGCCAGAAGAAGCACAACGACUCUGCCACGGCAAACGCUCCGAGCCUCAACGCCCAGCGCAUCGAGUAGACGCCGUAAUGCCACCACCGCAGCCAAUGCCGUCGAGAGCGAUGUUAGCUCCGAAACCAGCGAGACCGACGACGACACAUCCACAGCUCAGGAAACGCCGAGGGAUCCAAAAGUCACUAGGAGAUUCCUACCUCGCGAGAGCAAGAACAAGAAGAGGAAGCACGGACAAUAG